GAGCCUAUGCGACCGUCCCAUCGAGAUGACGUCACUUGGUGGGGGCGUUGCGGCCAACCUGUAGGAGGAGCGCGGUGCGAGCACCUGUCAGUGUGAGAGCUGGGAAGAUGCCCGUGGCUUCUAAAGUUGUGUCUGAGCGGCGGGCGGAGCCGCUACCUGCGCUGCUACUGCGGACCUACCUGCGGCUACUGCGGGAACGGCCGGUAGUCACCAAAUCAGUGACCAGUGGGAUUCUGUCUGCACUGGGAAACCUUCUGGGAAACCUUCUAUCCCAGAGUAUAGAGAGAAGGCGCAAACCUCAGAAAUCCUCGAAGGAAGUGGACUUGGUGGGGCCUCUUCGAUUUGCUGUAUAUGGAUUCCUUUUCACAGGGCCAUUGUCACACUACUUCUACUUGUUUCUGGAGCAGAUGAUCCCUUCCUCAGCCCCACUUGCUGGGAUCCGUCGGCUCCUGCUAGACCGGUUAAUUAUUGCCCCAGCCUUCCUGCUACUCUUCUUUUGUGUAAUGAAUAUUCUGGAGGGUAAAGACUUGGCUACUCUGAACCAGAAGCUGAAAAAUAGAUAUUGGUUAGCACUAAAGAUGAAUUGGAAGGUCUGGACACCAAUUCAGUUUAUAAAUGUGAACUACAUCCCAGUACAGUUUCGAGUCUUGUUUGCCAACCUGGUGGCUUUCUUCUGGUAUGCAUAUUUGGCAUCAACACAGAAGUAAUUUUGAAACUUUGCUUGGAAGAUGAACAAGUAUUGAGACACUGCAUUAAACUCGUAGCUGUACUAGGGGAAACCACAUGGAUUAUGUUUUGUGGAUAAACAGUAUAUUAAUAUAAUGCUAAUUGAAAGUAACAGUGCCACUAAUUAGAUAAUGUUAUAUGAGAGAGAGUUUUAUUUCGUAAUGUAGAACAGUUCUGCAUUGUUCCACCACAAGGAUUUUCAUGUAAACCCCAGGAUGAGAUUUAAGAGCUGCAAGCUUGUCUUUCUUAGUGAUGUCUGUCAUUAAUACUGACAUGUUAAAUUAGUAAGAUAUGUUUCACUUACAAAAGGGGUAUCUCCAUAAUUUUGAAAAUAUAGGAACUAUUUAACAGAAUUUACUUUUGGGGAGAACAUUUUUCAGUUAAUGUGACUGUUUGGGUUUUUAUGUACUAAAUCAACACAACAUAUAAUGACACUGGUGGAAUAUAGUUAGACAAAAUUGUGGUCCAGGCACUCAAGGGUCAGUUGAAAAGCAUGUUUUUCCCAAUAAACAUGUUGUUUAACUGACCCUUGAGUGCCUGGACCACAAUUUUGUUUAACUACUACAGGAGGGGGUAGCCAGCGCCAGGUCUGGCUGCACCAGGAUUCUAAUAAGUGUGCGGUAUUCCUCUCUUUUUCUAUAUACUGGCUGAUUAUAGGACUACUUGUUUUUUUAGUCUGUACCGCUUUGUUUGUGUAAUCCACACUGCAGAACUUUUAUGAUAGAGUGCAAAUCAGAAAACCAUUGGAUUAAUAAAAUAAUUUAAAUAAACAUUAAAUCAGAUUAAAAUAUGAUCCAAAUGUAAUGGCGUUCUCAAAAUUAAUUCACACAACCUUAUCUAAACUAAUAUAACACAUUUUUAAAUGUAUUUUGUUUGUUUACCUGAGUGUGUAUAAAUAAGAUAUAUAUCUAAAAUUUUAUCUUAAAGCCUUUUUUUUUUUUUUUUUUUGCCAAGAAAAAGCAGAAUGCUUUUAGCAUACAUACUUAUAUCACUGUGAUCUGCUGUAAAGAUAUUGUUGAAGGUAGUCUGUCUUAAUCAAAUUUUUAUAACGAGAGAAGUUGAAAAAGAUACUUUGCAUUUAAUCUGUAUUUGAACUGCUGUAUAAAGAUUAAAUGGGUUAUAAUAUC